GCGAGGGAGGCUCGGAUGGGCGCCUCACUGCUUCGCCUGUUCUUCCAUGAUUGCUUCGUCAAUGGCUGCGACGGAUCACUUCUUCUGGAUGAUACACCUACCUUCACUGGAGAGAAAAACGCCGCUCCAAAUGUCAAUUCAGCGCGAGGGUUCGAAGUGGUCGACCAAGUUAAGUCCGCCGUGGAGGGGGUGUGUCCAGGCAUCGUCUCGUGUGCCGAUCUGUUGGCGAUUAUUGCACGAGACUCCGUCGUGAUCCUUGGAGGGCCAUGGUGGCCAGUGAAGCUGGGAAGAAGAGAUGCUAGAAGCGCAAGCCAAGCAGCUGCUAAUGAGAGCAUCCCCCGGCCGACGUCCGACCUCAACGAAUUAAUCUCCUCGUUCCGAAAUGUCGGUCUCAACAUCAGGGACCUCGUGGCUUUAGCAGGAGGCCACACGAUCGGACUAUCAAGAUGCACGAACUUCAGGGACCGGGUCUACAACGAGACCAACAUCGACGUGCUGUUGGCCCAAACGAGGAAGUUCGGCUGCCCUGGCAUCGACGGCGUGGACGACGACAAUCUGGCCCCGCUCGACUUCCAGACCCCGAUAACGUUCGACCACAGCUACUACUCCAACCUCGUCCAGAGGCGCGGCCUUCUCCACUCGGACCAGCAGCUCUUCAACGGCGGGCCCACCGACUCGUUCGUGAGGCUCUAUAGCAGAAGCCCGCUCGCCUUCCAGGGGGACUUCGUGGCCUCCAUCACGAGGAUGGGCGACAUCAAGCCCCUCACCGGAUCCAACGGUGAGAUUCGGAGGAACUGCAGGAGGGUUAAUUGAGGCCCUUUGAUCUGGAGAGGCCCAAUGUCUCGCCUGAUGAAGGCUCUUUCUCUUCUUG